GACAAGACGCUUGACCUGGACGAAAACUCGGCCAUCGUUAGCAUCUCCUUGGGCCGUCCUGGCCGGCCUUAUGUCCUGCGGGAUGACAUCUUCAACCCGACCACGGAGACCGAGGUGUUGCUGCCCCAUGGUGGGCUCUUCAAGCUUGGUCCAGACACAAACAAGAGCUUCUACCACGCUGUUCGGCAGACGCCAACGCCCGAAAUUGCCGGAGCCCGCGUCUCCGUGACAUUCCGCCACGUCACGUCCUACGAGAAAGCGGGCGAACUGACAG